GGCGUUAAAAACAAAACAAAAAAAAAUCUCGUCCUACUUCCCAAAAAUGAUGUAAAAUGUUGAUGUGGGUUUCGCACUUUGUAACCUCGUUUACCAGGCGUAGUAAAAGCUGGCUGGUCGCAGUUAGUAAGGUUGUGUUUUAGUGUUUUUAAGCAUUUUCUUCUCGGAUUUUAAAGCAGAGAGCCACGUUGAGUUCCCAUGUUAUCAGGUUAAAACAGCCCCACUGGUGAACAUCAAUACACUCUGCUGCUGUCAGCCUUCACAGUGUCUCUCUGGUGUGAUAAGAAUAACACAACUUAAUGGGAAGAGCUUGCUGCUGAGAUAACACCACUUUUUUUUUCUACGAUUGCAGAUUCACGCCAGACUAAAAACACUGGGAAGGCCACCGCUCUAUGACCCGAUUAUGAGCUUUAAGGCCAAAUACCUACAGAGGCGAGCAGCACCCCCGCAGUGCACCACACAGUGAGCUGGUUAAGGUCUUAUGAGUUUGGACAGAGUGAGGAAUGUGAACCCUCACGGUCCUCUGCGAGCUGCGAAAGGGAAAGCUCAUUAAAGUCUAGACUUGAUGGAUUUCGAGGAGCACUGCUCGGUGUAAUAAGAGGUGAACGUGACGCCCUUCGACUCCUUCAGAGGUCUCAUCUUCUCGUGUACUGCUCCCGUCCUGUCAUCCAGAAGUUCAGCCACAGCAGCAUCUAUCCGGUGUGGGACUUGGCUUUGCGGCGAACCCCUGUAUGAAAUCAGUUUUGGUUUCUCGUCACGUCUCUAAAAGCGAGGGAAGCCGUGAAUUGGGUUGUCGUUGGGUGAACUUUGAUUUUGCUGAGCGUGUUUAAAGUCACUUAACGGGCUGUCAGAUGUCUCAUUUAUGCACUUUUCUCUUUUUAAUGCGUUUAAGGUGCAAAAGUUCAUAUUUAAAAUCUUUUAAAAACAGGCCGUCACAUGUGAUCAUCGAUAGGUUUGACCUCUGAUCCGACGAGGUGAGCGUGUAGACAAAUUACCGGUGAUAUUGAGAAGUUUUGCGCUCUCCUUGAUUCCCACAUCAAAGCACUGAAUUAUUUCACUGCGACUGAAACUCUGAAAUGACUCAUCAUUGUUAAUGACGAGCGGACGGAAGAGUUUUACUCUACGGGUUACAUAACCACACUCUGCACACCUACGUUUCGUUUGAAUGCUGAAUUUAGCAUUUUUGAUUAGUUUUAAAUUAAAUUUAGAUGUUGUUAUAACCCGUCCCCCGUGAAACCUUUACGUUAAACGUGCUUGAAAGGUUCAUGCAGCGGUUUCUCAUGCAGUUUAUAUUCCUCUUGUCAUCCAGACGCAGAUAAUCUAUCAGGCUCUGUGUCUAAGACUGCCAUGUGAGUGGAGUUGCUCCGUCGGUGCAGAGCUUGCCCUCCCCCUGUGGUAUUAAUGCUCUCAGAGCUGCUGUCCAAUUCUCAGAAAGGAUCAGAGUCAGCAUGCACAGGAAGACAGGUAAUGCUGUAAAUGGGUCUUCAAACAAUACACAGACAUCAUUACAUUCAGCUCGUCUUUACCCGCUCGGCAGUUUGAAGACACCGGCACCCUGCAGGGCAGACGCCUUCAGAGAAACUGAGCCCGGCAGCUGCCUCCACCUCACCUACGAUCUCGGGAGGAAUUUAACUUCAAAUGCUGAGUAUCAAAGACGCCGGGCCUUUGAUUUCGCAGGCUGAUUUUUAAGCGUAUGGAACAAAACUUGGAACAGAUUGUAUGUCUUUCCAACUGCAUUUCCUACCUUGGACAGCAUGGACGCUCUUUUUGAAUCAGGUUGACUAUCGGCCACCUCAUCCCCUCCUUCCUGUCUCUUCAGUUGAAGGAGGGUGGGGGAUUGGUGCGGGAUCCCCUGCCCCUCCUUGUAGAGUAGGCUAGUCUACCUUGGCACCAUUGCUGUUACUCUCUUCUGUCGCCUCGCCUUCAUCCGCUCCAUCCCUCCAUCCCCUCUCCCUCUUCAUGAAAUCCUGCAAGAGCCUCAAGGAGGAGGUUUCUGUCCCGGGCCUUGGCGGGAUGUCACAGGAGGAAGGGCGCAGGGUGUCCCAGUCGUUUUUUCACUCGCCUAACCCCGACCUGGACCUGACAGGCAAGCUUUAUAAGAGGGAGGUUGGCGGUAAGCCUUAUUCUGUGUUAGUGGACAAUAAAAUGGCAGCCAAGACUUCGAUGGGAGAUCAGAGUGUCGGUCAGCUGUCCGCUCAACAUGUGACUCCACAGCAACAUCAGCAGUAUUUCAGAGAGGGAGGAGCGGGGCAGGAGGCGGCGACGCAGGGGUCCCAGGCCGGCAAUGACGGCACCUCUGACGACACUGAAGAUGAAGACGACGAGGAGGAAGAAGAGGGGGAGGAUGAGGAGGAUGGGGGAGGAGGAGGAGGAGGAGGAGGAGAAAGAGAGAGAUCCUUGGAUACUGAACUGAAAAACAAAAACAAACUCCGAGGCGAAACAGGUCGAACGGUAAUGCAGAACUGUGACGAGCGGUUCCAGUACAAGUACCAGCUGCGCUCCCACAUGAGCAUUCACAUCGGACACAAGCAGUUCAUGUGCCAAUGGUGUGGCAAAGACUUCAACAUGAAACAGUAUUUUGAUGAGCACAUGAAAACACACACAGGAGAGAAGCCUUUCAUUUGUGAGAUUUGUGGGAAGAGCUUCACCAGCCGGCCCAACAUGAAGCGCCACCGCCGCACCCACACCGGGGAGAAGCCCUACCCCUGCGAAGUGUGCGGCCAGCGCUUCCGCUUCUCCAACAUGCUCAAAGCACACAAAGAGAAGUGUUUCCGCACCAGCCCCGUGUUCUGCAGACCAGCGGCGCCACCUGUGCCUGUCCGCAUUGCCAACACCUUCUCCUCUUCUCCUCUCUUCCGGUCCCGCCCCUCAGCUGCCACCCCGGCCACCACCUCGCCCCUGGGCCUCAGCCCGACAGGAGGGCCCAUGCCUCCGCGCGGCCCCGUGGGACACACGUUCUCCCAUGUCAGCUCCACUGAACCCCUCUCACCAUCCACCCCACCAAGACACCAGCAACACCUCUCAAACGCACCGCAACACGCCCCACCUCACCCACCACACCUGGCCGUGCCCCCAGUCUCCCACCUGCCCCCACCCCCGGCCCUUUUCAAGAGUGAGCCCUUAAACCACUGUGGGCAUGAAGACAGCAGCUACCUGCACCACAUGGCCCCCCCCGAUAAAGGCCCCGGAGCCCCUCAGCACCACUGAACUGUGCUCCAGCUCUGCAGGCCCACACCACACCGCGCCUUGUUCCUCCUCUUCUCAUAGUCCUGCCUCAGUCUCAGUUGCUCGGCCCCUGAUGUGAGGGGGCUCCUUUCAAACAGAUCCAAGUGAAGCUAAACAUACCAGACUGACGCACACUCAGUGCACAUGGUGUUUAAGUAAGACCCGUACUUAAACACCAUGUGCACUGAUUUUACAACCUCUAGAAUUUUUUUCUUGAACAUUUUUCUUAGGAAAGCUACACAAAAAGAUCAAUCUGUACAUUGAUGGGUGUAAAGUAUCUCAUUUUCAUCAAAAGCUGCUGAUGGAAGUCAACAUAUGUAUUAUCUGGGCUUCAUGGAUCAUCAAAGAUCAGUCUCGUUGAACUCUUUAAUUCAAGUUGACUUAUGGUUGCACAUUGGUCAGAACUUUUGCUUUUUGUGCAGGUCCUCCCCAUAGCAAUACUCAACCUGUCCUAGUCGUACUGCAGAGCCUCGACCCCCACAGAAACGUUUAUUGAAUGUUGUAACUGGUUCUACCUGAGCCUUUCUUUGUCCGAAGGCCGCGGCUGAGGCGUUGUCGAAAGGGCAACAGCAGUAGUGCAAGACGCAGUGCCAUAGGUUACAGUAAGAAGGCGGGGAGGGAUUUUUGUAAAGGACAUUGGAAAAAAGGUUUUGUAAAUGGUUAGUUGAGUCUAGACAUAGUCUGGAUUCAGAUAUUGGUUAAAUGGUGCUUUCCAUUCCAGUACAUAAAAUAUUUCUUAAUUUCUUUUUUUUUUUUCAUUUUAUUUUCAGAAGUGUAAUAUUACAAAAUAACAAUGUAUUGUCUCAUACAGAACAUGUCUUGCCAGCCUGGCUUUUCUACAAUGGAUUUAAGGUUUGAGUAGAUAUUUUGUGAUGAAGAAACUCAAGUUAUGCAGGACAAACACACCCUCACACUUACUCAAGCACACACACACAAAGGACCAUAUGGUCACUGAUUUACUUACUGUGAUCAGUGCAACCUCAGCUUUCAGUACUGUUGGUCAACAGAUGCUUUUAGAUAACAGAUGACUGUCAAAUACUGCCACUGUGAGGGGCCAGACACGUGGCCCCAUCAGGAUUUACCCCCACCUUCCUUCGCUGCUGUCUAAAUGAUACGGGUUACCAUGUUAAAGGUCAUUUGACACACACAGUAAACACACCUGGGACCUUUCUCAUCAUAGUUCUUAACAGGCGAUUAUGCAUAUUCCUCUCAGCCUAUAUUCCACGGUUUGGUGUCGGGCGUCGUCGUAAUGUAGAGGUUUCUUUUUAUUGACUUUCAUCACACCGUCACACUUUGAUCCACACAGGCAAACGCGCGUCUAAACCUGUUGAAUGUUGCCUCCGCAGAAUGAUGGCUGAUGAGUCGUUCAUAUGUUGUUUUUUUUUUUUAAUGUUCUCUGAUCAUUUUCUCCGUUUUUAAGCUAAUGAAUGGUUCUGCAGUGUAGAUAUACUGUUGUCAGCACAUGAUAGGAAACGUCAGGAUGAAAGGCAGUGGUCCUACGACUUCUAAUACUUUGAACUCUUGUAUAGAUAAAGCGUAACGUGUGAUCAAGUCAGCGUGAGAAGUUACAUUUAUAAAUGUAAGAGCCGAUGGUGUGAAUGUUAUUUGUUUAAAAGAAGCGUAAAUGGUUGGCAAGUAUUUGGCAUGAGUUUGGAUCGCCUGGUUGUUAGUCCUUCACCCAGUCUGACGGCUAUCAGAUGUGUGUUUAGGAACAACAUUGAGCUGUGUGUGUGUGUGACAGAGAGAGAGAGAGAGAGAGAGUGUGUGUGUGUGCGUUAGUCUCUACCAGUCUGUCUGGUUGUCCCCAGUGCUCUUGUACCAAAAGCUGCUUUUACACAGUGUGCCCCAAUAUAUGUGUAUUCGGGGAACCCUGAGAUGGAUAAUAGCAGUAAAUUAAACAUGAUUCUUUGUCUACCGCUCAAACAGAAUUUAUUAUCUGAAGUGGUUAAACUCAGUAGAUUAGGAUGCCCCCGACUUCUGAUUUGAGACCUGGAAUUAUUAUCCUGCCAUUUCUGUGGGUCUUAAUACCGCUGCAUUACUUGCUUAUCAUCCGGCCCCCUCGGGUUCACUGCUGUGCUUCAGCAUUUUGCAGUAUGGAUCUUUUUGUCUUGUAAUAAUUUUUUUUUUUUAUUUAAAAAAAAAAAAA